AUGUUACCCAAACAGCACUCAUCACGCCUGUCCAUAUGUGUCUCCUUAGACAUAGGACGUGUAAGCGUAGGCGUGAGCAUCUGUCUUUAUUUGCAUCUAUAUUUGAAAGGUCAAAGCAAAAUCUGGCAGGGAGUACUGAACGGACAUAGAACAAAGAAAAAGCAUUUGAGGCAGCAUAUGCAUAUAGUUGAGGUUGAGAAAGAUGCAUUAUGUUUAACACAAGCUGGAUUCAAUCGAUCAUCACCAGUUCUCAGUAGCCAGCUGACACAGUGGUCAGAUACUCUUGGAAAAUCAGUCAUACAUGAGAAGGUAACGAAAUUAGAAUUACCCGAGUAG